AUGAUUUUAUUGUUGAUACUCUCUUAGAUCAGAGGUAUUUUAAUGGGAUUUACAAGUUGCGAAGUAAUGAAUUUGUAAAUUUAUGAUAGGUAAACCAAGAUCAUCCUGAAAUUAUUUAUCCAUCAAAUUCAAAUUCUUUUACAUAAUCUCUUGAUAAUUAUUUUCAUGGAUAAGGUUUAACUUACUAAAUUGAUGGAAUUUAAUUUGGCGUAUAAAAUUCUACUACAUCGAGCUAGUCAACAGCAAAUUAAUCAUUUCCAGGUAUAUUUAAUUUUAAUGAAUAAUUAUAGAGAAUACGAUCUUUAUCGAUGAUGCUGCAUAAUUUAAUUGGUCAAAUCCCAAUUAUCAAUAGGACCUAUUUGCAGCUCUAGUAAUAGAGAAUAAUGAAUAUUAUGUUUAUGAGACGUCAUUGAAAUAAAAAUAACCAACUUGGAAUAAAUUGACUUACUCAUUUUCAAGUGAUAUAUUAAUUCAUUUUAGAUACUCAAACUGCUAUCUGUACAAAUGUUGCCUAUAUUUUUGACUCUGACAUUAUUGUUUCAUGUGUUACAAGAAAACAAGGAUUUUAAAUAUUUUAUUAUUUCUAAAGAAUUGUAAUAAAAAAAAUAUUUACUAAAUAUUUGCCAGGAGUACUUAUUUAGUCUCCUUAUGAAUAUGUUUUGGGUAAUUAAUUAGAAUUUUCUUAUUUGUAAAUCUUGAACAACUAAGAAAGUACUUAAUUUUAUUUCAUUAUUAUUUAGAGGAAUUCUAUGCAAUUGUUGUACAUGCUAAUUAUUUUAACCCUGAAACUAUAGUUCAUAUAUUUAAGGUUGAAUUUUAGAGAUCAUUUAAAAAACCAAAAAUGUCAGUUCUUCAUUCAAAUCAUCAUGAUAAAGCUGCUUAUGGAGCAUAUGUGGCUGAUAUUGACAAAAGUAUAAAUUUUAAUAUAUGGUAACAAUAGUUUAUUUAUUGUUUUUUGAUGCUUUGGUAGUACAUGACUUUACUAAAAAAAUACAUAAGAAUAUUAUGACAGUUGUAGAUUAAGCUUAAGGUAUGGGUGCAUAUAGAGAAUUAUAUACAAAUGGAGAAUAUAACUUAUUCAUAACUGUUGUUACUAAAAAGGGAUUAUUAUUUUAUUCAACAUCUAAUUUAUAAUCUAUUUAAAAACCACAAUUACCUUCUGAUUUUGAUACAAAUAAAAAAUUAUCAGUAAAAGUGAGUCUAUUAUAUUCCAUAAUCACUAAUAGUGCCAGUUUUGUUAUUUAUGAAAAUAGAUAUCUGUUGACCCAAGAGAAGAUUUAAUAUGGAUUCUUACAAUAUACAUAAUUGCCAGCAUUGUUAUCAAUUUUUUAUGGUUUUGGAUCUAAGUUUGUAGUAUAUCAACCUAAACAAGUUACAUUUUUUUAAAUUUAGAUACCAUACUUAUAUUCUAAAAAGACUUUUACUUAAAAUUAUAAUGUACUAAACCAAAUUUCAAUUCAAGCAACGAGUUAUGAUGGUAAAUAAUGUGUUUGUACAUUCAAUUAUGAAUUACUAAAUGUUAAUGAAAUGUUUAAUUUUGUAGCUUUAACAAAAAAUUAAACAUUUUCAGAACCAAUUUUAUUAUUUAACUCUUAAUCUAAAUUACUGCCUUUAGGUAAUUAAUUUUUUGGCAGCAAUUUAUAAUAUAAAAUUGAAGUUUAAUAAAAAUUGGAAAAAGAGUUUAAUUUAACAGAAAUCUUAUAACCAAAUACAACACUCCUCUAUAUAAAUUAAGUUGAUAUAUUAGUAAAUAAAUAUGUUGUUGCAUUUACUUAUACUUAUCAAGUUGAUGAAGAUACUUAUAUUGUUUUUACUUAAUUAACUACAAACUAUAACAAUAUUUAAAUUGAAAAAUGUAAGUUCUUGGCAUGUCAAAAGCUUGAAGCAAUUAUACUUGAUGAUUGCUUCACUACUGUUGCUGGUAUUGCUGCUUUUAAAGCAGAUAUAAUACUUUAUAUUGCAGUUGCCACUUAAAAAGAAAUAUUUAUUUUUGAUUACAAUUACAAUAAAAUGCAUGAGGAAUUUAAAAGAAGUAAGAAAGUAAGUAAUAUUGCUAAAGAAAUUCCACCUUAAAUUAUAAUUUAAAGUAUUAAUUUUGUUCAAGAAGCUUUAAUAAUAUUAACUAAUACUCCUAAUUCAAUUAUUUGUUUAGAUACACUUUUGAUUCAUUAAUAUACAAUUGCAGGAUAUGGAUAAAAUCCUAGAUAAGUAUUUACAAAUCCAUAUAUUUUUAAUGAUACAUAUUUUGUAGAUAAUCAAUUUGAAUUAUUAAUGAUUUAGAAUUACAAAAAUAAUUUUGAUAUUUAAGAGGAGACCUAAAAGAGAUAUGUCUAUUCUAUAUUUGUUUCCUUUAAUUAUCCAAAUAGUUAUAAAUAGUAAUAAAUCAAUAUUGGCAUAGUGAGAUAGGGAAUUUAUUUAAUUUAAACUUCUACUAAAAAUUAAACCUUAAUAUAGAAUGUUUAUUUUUACCCUUAUGAAUAUUUGUAUUAUGAUACUUUAUUUACUUAAACAGCAUAAUUCUAAAUGAUAAAUUUGACUUCAUUUAACAUUAGUCUAUAAUAGCCAUUUGUUUCUGGGAUAUCAAAUAAUGAUAAAUUUUAUGUUAUAGUCUUUAACACAUAAACAACUCAAUAUUAAUUAGUUAUAUUAUAACCUUCGAUAAGUGAAUAUUCAUAAAUUUAUUCAAUUUUAAAUUUAGCCUAAUUACCAACUAAUUUAAAUAUCAUUACUAUAAAUAGAGAACAUAAUUAAGUACAUGAUUCAGAAUUAAAUUUUAAUUAUGAUUUAUUAUUUUUGACAUCUAAUAUUUCUUAGACAAUAGAACAAAUCUAAGUAUUCAAAGAAGCCACUUUGUUAUACACACCAAAUAUUCAAUAAAAUAGAGUAGCUACUUUCGAAGUUACUGUUAUUGCUUAAAAUAAUUUUAACGUAAAUUUGCCAACAGUUGCCUCUUUUACAAGAUAAAUAAAGUCAACAAGAUAAGAAAUAGGAAUAAUUGAAAGAGAGAAUUAGGCAUUUUCUCCAAUAAAUACUUUAGGAUGUAUAUUCUAUUUGAAUAUUAAUCCAGCUGAUUAUUUUUUUGGUUAUGUAACUAAUUAUACUUCAAUAAAUAAAAUAGGAUACAAAUAUGAAUUAGAUUAGGAAGAUAUCUUUAUAGAUUGUUUAUAAAAAGAUAAAAAAGAUUAAGUGAUAAAUAACAGUAUAGUUCAACCAAUUAUAAGAUAAUAAGCUAAUUUCUCUUUGGUUUACACUUCAGUAACCUCAGGAAUAAUAGCAGGUUAAGAUACAGUUUAAACAUUUAUUUAAUCAGGAAGAGCUAUGUAUAUCCUAUUUGAAAUGGAAGCAUUAUAUUUAUAUACAAUUCCUGCUUUUAUUGAUGCAAACUGUAUAUUUUCAUUUGUUACUUAUGAUCCUGGAUAUUUAAUUACUGUAUGUUCUAAUAUGGAUGACACAUAUUUCUAUUAUUACAAUGGUACAAAUAAUUAAAACAGAACAAUGUUAGGUUUUUCAGCAUACAACUUACUUAAUAAUUAAUCAUAUCCAAAUUUGAUAUCAGCUUAAUUUUAACUUAAUUUUUUAGCACUUUAAUACAAUGAAUUUGUUUUAACUGUUAAAGUUAAUGCCACAAAUGAAACAUUAGAAUUAUUAAAUCCUAAUUAAUAUAAUUUUAAUUAUCCAUUUAAAAGUUAUUCAUUAUUUGUUGUUGAUGCUUAAGAAUUGGAAAGAUAAAAUUACACAAGAGAUAAGAGUGCCUCUAAUAAAUAGAAUGCAAGUUAAUUUUUAGCUAAAAUGGAUGCAGGAAUUAUAGUUUUAUAUUAAAACUCUAUUUUAUAAUUCUUUUAUAAAUAAAUUUCUCAAUUUGGAGCUUAUUAAUAAAUUUUGCCAAGUAUUUUUAUAUUUUAAAUAUAAUUUAGAUGGUAUAGAAAUUCUCAGUGUUAAUUCCAUUUCUAUUGGUUGGAUAACAAACACUUAUUUGUCAACACCUUUUUUAAUAUCAACUACUUAUGCUUCUUAUUUAUUUUAGGUAACUUUACCAAUCCUUUAAAGAAGUGGUCAACCUAAUAUAGACCUUAUAUAUAAACUAAUCUCAUUUGCUAAAUAUAAGACUUUGGGAAUCUAUUGUGGAGGUAAUGCCAUUGUUGGAUUCUUUUAUACUGAUUCAAAUGAAAAAGGAUAUCCUGAGUAUGUCUUUGGUCUUUAUGGUAUUCCAACACUUAAAGACUUUACUUAAGAUUUAACCCUUAAAGUAACAUUCAACCCAGAUAAAGUUUAUUAACAUGUUGGUUCAUCUGUAGGUUUUGUGGGCAUCUAAAAUUUAACUAAUUAUACUAUUAGUAAUCCUAUUAUUACUAAUAACUAAACUAUUUUGUAUCAAGUUAAUUAAACAUAAUUCUAAUAUCUAUUUGUCAGUAAUCUAAUUAAAAUAACUGUCAAUUAAGUAGAAUGUAUUAAUACUUAAACAAUUAAAUAUUCACUUGGUAUUACUCAAAUUGAAUUGAUUGCUUAUAAUAAUUUUACUUCAGAUUUCUCCAGAAAUUCUUUCAUGAUUACUAACUAUUAUCCAGAUUAUACAUUCUGGGAUACAGAAAAAAGAAGAAGAAACUUUUGGUGGUAAUUUGGUGUCGGAGCUAUCAUGUUUUUCAUUAUUAUUGGAGUUCUAACAUUUUUAUGCGUCAAUUCAAAUAAAAUUGUCGUAUAUCAAGAAAGAAUCUUAUAAAGUGAAAUUGAAUAAUGA